AUGGCUUUGGACGUCCGUUUCAAGCAGAUUCUGAAAACGGACAACAAUGUCGCGCUGAUCAGCGGCGGUAUAGCCGGAGCCGUGUCCAGAACCGUGGUGUCGCCGUUCGAGCGUGUCAAGAUCCUACUGCAGGUUCAGAGCACGACCAGCGCGUACAACCAGGGCGUCUUCAGCGCUGUGCGCCAGGUCUACCAGGAGGAAGGCGUACCGGGCCUGUUUCGCGGAAACGGGCUGAAUUGCGUGCGCAUCUUCCCGUACAGCGCGGUGCAGUUUGUCGUCUACGAGGCGUGCAAGCGACAGGUUUUUCGCGUUGACGGCAGCGCCGCCGGCGCUGCCGUCAAGGUACAGCUCGAGAACUGGCAGCGACUUUUUGCGGGCGCCCUGUGUGGUGGCUGCAGCGUGCUGGCCACUUACCCGUUGGAUCUGGUUCGCGCGCGACUUUCGAUUCAGACCGCGAACCUUGCAAGACUGUCACACUCCAAAGUCGACGUUCUACGGAAACCUCCAGGCGCGGUCCAACUGCUGCAAACCAUCUACCGCGACGAGGGCGGCCUGCGCGCUCUGUACAGAGGCGUUUGGCCGACUAGCGUCGGUGUCGUUCCCUACGUCGCAAUCAAUUUCGCCGCUUACGAGCAACUCAAAGAGUUUACACCUUCUGAUCUCGGCGCAUCCGCCAACAACAUGCUCAAACUGGUUUUCGGAGCCGUCAGCGGCGGCCUGGCCCAGACUGUGACUUAUCCCUUCGAUUUACUGAGAAGACGAUUUCAAGUACUUUCCAUGGGUCAAAACGAACUGGGCUUCCGCUACAAAGGCGUCUGGGACGCAUUGACCACCAUCGGCCGCGUCGAGGGCUAUAGGGGUUACUACAAGGGUCUCACGGCCAACCUUUUCAAAGUGGUGCCGUCUACUGCCGUCAGUUGGUUGGUCUACGAGGUCACGUGCGACCUGCUUCGUCAAUCGUGA